UCCCAUCUUAGAUCAGGACUCACCAUUUAGAUUAUCGUGUUCCGGGGCGUAGCAUAACAAAUGGAGGGAAAUAUAAUACGAGAGAAAAUAAGCUCCUCGCCGGCCAUCUUUUUUGUCCUUAAUUCGGACAAUAUUGUUCCCAUUCUGUCCCUCCUCGUUAUAUAAUCCCUCCCUAUUCCCCCACCCUUCCCGAUCCGAUCCCAAAAAACCCCCACUCCGCCAUGGGAACUAUCCCUCUUCCCCUCUUCCUCCUUUUCUUCUCACUCUCUGCAAGGGCGGAAGCAGGAAACCCCCCCGCGUCUCCACGAAACCUUGCCAUGUGUCUCUCCUCCGCCCGGCUCACCAAUUACACGAUCCCCUCUGUCGACCCCUCAGAAGCGGCCAUGUUAUCGUAUUACCGUGUAUUAAACUUCUCCAUCGAAAACCUCCGCUUCGCCCGGCCCUCCCUCCCAAAGCCCGAGGCCGUGGUACUCCCGGACAAUAAGUUGCAGCUGCGGAGCACGAUAAUCUGCUGCCGCACAGCUAAUCUCGGCAUCAGGAUUCGCAGCGGAGGACACAGCUAUGAAGGAUUAUCCUACUCCGCGGGAGACCACACCCCCUUCGUUAUUAUCGAUUUAAUGAACAUGAAUCGGGUCUGGGUCGACGUGGAGAACCGGACCGCCUGGGUCGAAUCGGGAGCGACGCUGGGCGAGACCUACCAUGCCAUCGCCAAGGCAAGCGAUUCGAUCGCUUUCUCCGCCGGGUCCUGCCCCACAGUUGGCAGCGGUGGCCACAUCGCCGGCGGUGGAUUCGGCCUCCUCUCUAGAAAGCAUGGACUCGCCGCCGACAACGUUCUCGACGCCAUCCUGGUCGACCCGGACGGUCGAGUCCUGGACCGGAAGUCCAUGGGCGACGACGUCUUCUGGGCCAUCCGAGGCGGGGGCGGGGGCACGUGGGGGGCGGUCUAUGCUUGGAAAAUCCGGCUCGUCCCCGUCCCGAAGCGAGUCACCUCCUUCAUCAUAAACCGAGCGGGGUCGACUCGGACCGUCGCUGAGUUAGUCAACAAAUGGCAGCGAGUCGCGCCGAGUCUUCCAGACGAGUUCUACCUCUCUUGCUUCGUCGGCGCCGGUAUACCGGAGCUAGACCGGAUCGGGAUGUCGGCCACGUUCAAGGGCUUCUACCUCGGACCCAAACCGGAGGCGGUUGCGAUUCUGAACCGGCGGUUCGCCCAGUUAAACAUAUCAGAUUCGGAGCUUCAAGAGAUGAGUUGGAUCGAAUCCGUGGUCUUCUUCUCGGGUCUGCCGAAGGGGAGCUCAAUAUCGGAUCUAAAGAAUCGGAUCCUCCACACGAAAACCUUCUUCAAGGCCAAAUCCGAUUACGUGCGGCAGCCAAUCUCAAAGCGAGAUUUAGUCAGAGCCCUUGAUUUGCUAUCAGACGAGCCAAAAGCGUAUCUUAUUCUGGACCCUUACGGUGGGGCGAUGGACAGGGUAGGGAGCGAGGAUCUGCCGUUCCCGCACCGGAGUGGGAAUCUUUAUAUAAUCCAGUAUCUGGUCGAAUGGACGGCAUAUGAUGAUGGGAGGAGGGACGAGUUCAUGGAGUGGAUCCGUGGGUUUUAUGGGUUCAUGGGAGAGUUUGUGUCAAAGGGGCCGAGGGCGGCGUAUGUGAAUUAUUUGGACCUCGAUUUGGGGAGCACUGGAUGGACGGACGACAACGAGGGGUCAAGUGAUCCGGUGGCUGAGGCGAGGGUAUGGGGGGAGAGGUAUUUCUUGGAGAAUUUUGAUCGGUUGGUACGGGCGAAGACGGCCGUUGAUCCGGAUAACGUUUUUACGAAUGAACAGAGUAUACCGCCCUCGGGGUUGGGGUUGGGGUUGGGUCGGGAUGAGGUGGGAACAUGGGAUGAUGAUCAUGGGGCGUGUUCUAGGAUGGUGGAACGGACAAGAGGCUGCAAAGGAAUUAUUUUAUAAAGGCCCACAGUAAAUAGUGUUUUUUUUUGAAAGUUUUUUUGGUGUGAUUUUUUGAUCCAUGGAGUUGAUAGGUGAUAGAAGAAAAAUUUGUUGGAGUCAUGCAAGUCCCAUAUACAUUGUGCUCCAAUGAGUGCAUGUCACUUUAGCGAUGGAUAAUCUAAAAAGGAUCGCUAUGAUAAUCUUAAAUCACUAAUGAUUCUUAUUUUGGAAUAAUUUGA